ACGGCUCACUCGUCGUAAUCACAAACUAAUUGUCGGUUUGUGUCACACAUUGUCCUCAAUAUGACUGAAUUAGGCCUCAAAACACUGGCCAAUGGUCCGCAGCCUGACGUCAAAUAUCCCAUAAAAGUGUUGUAUUGCGGCGAGUGUUCCCUUCCGGUCGAGUACUGCGAGUAUUACCCAAAUAACGCCAAAUGCAAGGAAUGGUUGGAAAGGAAUUUACCCGAAGUUUUCGAGGCUAUCGUCAAGACUGGCGAUACGACCACUCAGUCGACCGCCAAAAGCGCCGGAAGUAAUGACAAGUCGGAGCCGACGGCGGGCGCUGCCGAUGAGGACGGGGUGAGCGGUGGGACAGUCGGCGAGAAGAAGGGACGCCAGAAGAGGGGCGGAAAGGCUUUGGUGAAGACCAAGAAGAAGGACGACGUCGAGAGAUAUGUGAAACUCGCGCGAAGUAAUCGCGGAAAAAAGAAAUACGUGACCGUGGUGACGGGUCUGUCGACGUAUGACAUCGACCUGAAAGACGCGGCGAAGUUCUUCGCGUCGAAGUUCGCGUGCGGGUCGUCAGUGACCGGUGCGGAUGAGAUCGUCAUUCAGGGCGACGUUAAGGACGAUAUGUUUGAUCUUUUGACCGAAAAGUGGCCGGAAAUAGACGAGGACUCCAUCGAAGACUUGGGAAACAUCAAGAAGUAGACGCCCUCUCGACCACACAUUUAGUACACG